GGCUCCCGGAGCCCCAGCCAUGUCCACGGAAACGCACAAAACCACAUACUGCAUGCCUGGCCUGUCAGCAUCGAAAAUCGAAAUGUGAGAUGCUCAUCCCGGAAGGGUGUCGUCGAUGCCGAACACUCCGAACCCAUUGUUCUCUCGCCCUCCCUACUGCAUCUACACCUACGCCCGAAGGCUAUACAAGCCUCGACCAAAGAGCUACCUAUGUAUCUCCUGGACAGGGCCAAAGGACAGGGCCGGAGGAGAAAGGUAUUCUGAGGCAAUUGGACGAACGGACAAAGAGGAUUGAAGGACUGCUUCGUAGGGAAACAGGAGUUCGCCAACCGCCGGUUAUUAGGAAAGAUGAAGGCCUGCGGGUGGAGCGUUUGCAGCCUAUUAUGGGGAGUGUUGGUGCAGCCGUGCAUCUGGCUUCGGCGCUAUGUGUGAGGAGUGGUUGGACAUGGAUAGAUCCAGUGGCAUUAGGGCUGCUCUCAGGUGAUGCUUUCGAGAAGGCUCAUGCACGCUUUCUGUCGAUAUUCUACACGAUACUUCCUCUUCCGCACAUCAUCGCCGUCCCGACCCACCCCUUUAUCCGCCUAGCACUCAUCGCCUACCUCAAUUCCGGAUUCCAGUCAAUUUCCUCCCUCUUAUCAUCAAGUCUACACAUGUUCGAACCCCCUGAAGAUAUCAUACUCGCCCUCCUCAUCAUCUCCCAUCUCCCAGUGAGCCAAUAUUGGACGGUAACGGAUCCUUAUGGGGCAGGGGCGAGAGCUCACCAAAUGGCUAUCGCCUUGGGACUUCCUGAUUCUGCUGAGCGGCUUAGAAUGCUUGAACACGAAAUUGGAGAAGAGUGGAAUAAACUGUUGUUGUAUCAAGCUAUAUUGUGGUAUGCGGUGCAGCACCGAAUGUCAUGGAUACAGAUCUUCACCUAUCCGUCUAUGAGCUGGUACUCUUCUUUUCCUCCCGUCCACGAUACCGUUCCCCUUCACCUCGCACGACAAUUAAGUUCGCCAGCACUGUCCCACAUCGUCCUUGAUUUGCUUUUACUUGAAUGACUACGCCCUGUUAUCGAAGCUCUACAAGCGGUGAGGCUGAGUAGGCAGUAUGAGGAGCAAGGCAUGUGGGGGUUGAAGGAUGCUUGGACGGUGUUUGAGGAGAAAGCAGCGGCGUGGUCGACUGAGGUGGAGAAUGCGCAACUCCCUUCAACCCCAUUUAAGUGUGGAACCGGUGAAAGCAAGGGCUCGAACUCUAGUCCUGUGAAGGAGGCGCGUCGAGAAGGGUUGAAUGAGGGAAGGGAACUCGAAAAGGAGUUGUUAUUUUUACAUUUCUAAUUUUAUUUUAAUUUUUACAUAGUGUACAAUAACCAAAUAAAGCAAACACGAACAAAAUG